GCUGUCACUCUGGAGCGUCUGCGGCGUCGGCCCGCCCUCUCGCCGCGUCGCCGGUGUCUGAGCAGCCUGCUCACCCUCGCUUCUCCUCUCCCGGAGGAGGCCCGGGGGACCCCAGCGAGAAGCGGGGACCAUGUUCCGACGCAAGCUGACGGCUCUCGACUACCACAACCCUGCCGGCUUCAACUGCAAAGAUGAAACAGAAUUUAGAAACUUUAUUGUUUGGCUCGAAGACCAAAAAAUCAGACACUACAAGAUUGAAGACAGAGGUAAUUUAAGAAACAUCCCCAGCAGUGACUGGCCCAAGUUCUUUGAAAAGUAUCUCAGAGAUGUUGACUGUCCUUUCAAGAUUCAGGAUCGACAAGAGGCAAUUGACUGGCUCCUAGGCUUAGCUGUUAGACUUGAAUAUGGAGAUAAUGCUGAAAAAUACAAGGACUUAACACCUGACAAUGCAAAAAAUAUUGACAAUGCAACUAAAAAUGCAGAGCCAUUGAUCAAUUUGGAUGUAAAUAAUCCUGACUUUAAGGCUGGCGUGAUGGCUUUGGCUAACCUCCUUCAGAUUCAGCGCCAUGAUGAUUACCUGGUAAUGCUUAAGGCAAUUCGCAUCUUGGUUCAAGAGCGCCUAACACAGGAUGCAGUUGCUAAAGCAAAUCAAACAAAAGAGGGUUUGCCUGUUGCUUUAGACAAACAUAUUCUUGGUUUUGACACGGGAGAUGCAGUUCUUAAUGAAGCUGCUCAAAUUCUGCGAUUGCUACAUAUAGAAGAACUCAGAGAGCUACAGACAAAAAUUAAUGAAGCCAUAGUAGCUGUCCAGGCAAUUAUUGCUGAUCCAAAGACAGACCACAGACUGGGGAAAGUUGGAAGAUGAACGCGUUAGACUUCGCCUCUUUACCUGAUUAGUACAGUUGGGAACUCUAUACUUUCAGCAUGUAUUUGGAAAUCAAAUCACUUUUGAGGGAGGAAUCCAAGAAAACUAUGUUCUAGAAAUUUACCACCAAGUUACUUUUUUUCUUUAAUAAAGUUUAAGAAAGUGAAA